GCCUCACAAUCCAACAUACGCGAAAGCAAGAUGAAAGUCGCGCUCAAGUGGGGAAAGCAGACAUUCGACGUGGAUGUGGACGUGCAGAAUGGAACAGUGGACCUCCUCCGUGCACAGAUUUAUGCCGUGACGAAUGUCCCCGUGGAGCGCCAAAAGUUGAUGAGCAAGGCGUGGAAAGGGAUGUUGAAAGACGAUGUCGUGUUGUCGAGCUUGGACCCGACGAAAUUGACCCAGAUCAUGUUGAUGGGGUCAGCCGACGAAGUCAAACCCCCAGAGGUCAAAACCGUCUUCACGGAAGACCUGUCCACGUCCGAGCUCGCGUCGGCUGGCGUGAAUUACCCUGCUGGAUUGACCAACUUGGGCAACACGUGCUACAUGAACGCAACGUUGCAGUGCUUGCGAUACGCGCCGGAUUUCCGCGAGGCACUGAAAGAGUACAAGGGUGGCAUGACAUCGGAUUUGGCGCACAACUUCACGUCGAGCUUGCGCGAUACGUUUUACCAACUCGACGCCAACAUCGACAGCAUUCCACCUAUCCUCUUUGUUGACACGCUGCGUCGUGCAUUCCCUCAAUUUGCUCAACAAGGUCCUCGUGGUGGGUUCAUGCAACAGGACAGUGACGAGUUCCUGUCGUCCCUUUUCGGCACGUUGGGACGGCAGCUGAAGCAACCGACGACUUCGAUCAAGAGCCUCGAAGGAACGGACAACAUGGUCGACGCGCUGUUUGGCUUGGAAAUGGAGGAAACGCUCCAAUGCGCGGAGACGGACCACGAGCCCGUGAUCUCAAAGAAGGAAAAGGCAUUGAAGCUCGUGUGCAAUAUCACGAAGGACACAAACCACAUCUCGGAGGGCAUCAAGAUCGGUUUGGAAGGUACGAUCGAGAAGAACUCGGACGUGCUCGGCCGCAACGCGACAUGGAAAAAGUCGCAGAAAAUCAACCGAUUGCCCAAGUACUUGUGCGUGCAAUUCAUGCGGUUCUACUGGAAGUUGACGCCCGAGAGCCGCGACCACACAGGGGUCAAAUGCAAGAUGCUGCGUCCCAUUAGCUUCCCCAUGGUGCUGGACGUGUUUGCAUUCUGCUCGGACGAACUGCAGGCUGUUUUGAAAGUGGGUCGCGACAAGAACGCCGACUUGAUUUUGAACGAAUUCAAGGACAAGAAGGAAGGCGACGAGGCAAAGGCUGCGGCCCCCGACGUCGAGAUGGACGAAGACGCGGCGGCAUUGGCGGCAGCCACGACGAUGUCGCUGACGGGUGGCCGUGCCACGGCCGGCAUUGGUCUGCCGUUGAACUUUCAAGGCAACUACGAGCUGUAUGCUGUCGUGACGCACAAGGGUCGAUCGGCGGACUCGGGCCAUUACAUUGGAUGGGCGCGAGUCCAGGGUGACGACUGGUUGUGUUUUGACGACGACAACGUGAGCCCGUGCAAGUCGGAGGACAUUCAAAAGCUCAAGGGAGGCGGCGACUGGCACAUGGCGUACUUGACAUUCUAUCGCGCCAAGAAUUAGAUUUGCCCGGACGCUUCAUACAUGUGAUGUUGAUGCCUUUGCA